AUGGCGGGCGCUGGAGGGACGCUCUUCGGCUACAAUCGAGAAAACUAUCUGUACGACAGGAAGAUGCGCCAGGAAACGGAGUACCAGAUUAUGGAUUUCAGAAUAAAGCAGGCAGAGCUUUGGCGAGAAGAUGUCCGAGACAUCAUCGGCCUGACCUCAGUGAAAAUGGACACGUACCUGAUCGUGAAUGCUGUGCAGUUAGGCUUCACGGUCAUGGCCUUCUGUGAAGGCCGCCUGGCCAGCGGAACCCCAACCUGGCUCGUGGGCUGCCACACGCUAUCGCUGGCAGGUGCUUUCAUGUACUUGCUGAUGUCUGUCUGGUUCUCCAUGCAUGCUUCCGUCACGGCCAAGAGCUACGAGACACGUCUCCUGACCCAGCUCGUUCGACUGCCAGUGCCUUCUUGGGCGCAACUAGAAGCCGCGCGAACGUAUGGCUCGACCUUUGAGAAAACGAAGACAACCCAGAUGUUUCGAGUUCCCUUUGCUAUGGGAUCGCAGCAGCGAGUCCUCGGAGAGGCAUCGAGCUCUACAGCUCCAGCUUUGACAAACCAAGAGGGCGCAGCCGAAGGCACUGACACUGGUCCUCCGGCAGCCUCUGCAGACCUCUGGGGCCUCGAGGGCAACGGAGAAGAGAUCUACGAGCUGGAUGGAAAGCUCCGUACAGAUCCAGCAUCUCAGCGCCACCUGCAGCUGAUCAAGCAGGUGAUGCACUAUUGGCAGUCUUACGAUGGCUUCGCACGUGUGGCGAUGAGCAUGGGCACCAAUCAGUUGAUCUUGGGCCUGUCAUACUAUGUGAUCGGCUACGUGUUGAUUUCCAACAAGGCCAUCAUCGCCUGCUGGCUGGUGGUGCUCCUCUUCAUGGUCAUCGCGACUGCGUUGAUUCGUUUGGACAUGUCGCUCACGGGCUUUGAGUUCCGGGCGGCAAUG